AUGUGCUGGGAGAACGAGCAAUGGUUCCACUGCUACGAGUGCCAGAAGGAGUGGGGCCACCAGCAAGUCCACACGCCGUGCUUCGCCGUCGAGAACGGAGUGCCGUGUCCGGGCGUCACGAAGCGGCCGCCGGUCGUGGCGGAUCACGAGAACUGCCAGGAGUGCAAGGACGCGAGGAAGGCCGAGGAGAUCUGCCAGCAGCACGUCCACCACAGCAAGCCGCUGGUCUUCGAGUUCAGAAAGAAGAAGGAGAGCCUCAGGCUGAACAGGGAAGCGAACGCGAAGAGCCAGCAGCCGCCGAAGCCCAGAGGUGAGGUCGAUCCGGACUUGGUCUCAUCGCCGCCCUUCGUCACCAUGCGGACGCAGCCGAAUACGGGCGGGCCGAGGGUGUAA